AUGGCUUACAUUUCAAAGAUAAAGGAGCUCGAGACUAAAUUAGUAGCAACACAACAGAAAAUAUCAGAACUUGAGGAGGUUUGUCAAUUGAGUAAUCUCUCAAAAGAGUCCAAUGAACCCUCUAAGAAGUUACAAUUGUACAAGUUAAAGAAAAAUCUCCAAAAUUCGGAGCCAAAUAACGAAGCAUUAUUGAGCUUAAAGGUAUUGGAGAAAGAACAUGAAAUUUUCAUGAUCUCCUAUGAAGAAAUGAAAAACCAAUUAGAGCAAAUGAAAGAGUUUAAUGAAUUUCUUCAAAAAAAGGAGCGUUAUCAACAAAAUGCCACUGAAGGUGGUAUCGUUGAUUACGCAUUUUUGAGCCAAACUCAAAAAGAAUUAGCAGCGUUAAGACUCCUUGAGGAGGAGAUCGCUGUUCAUGAAGAAAGAGCUGCCCAAUCUGAAGGAGAAGCAAUCCGUCUCAAGCAUCUGAAGGAAACUGCAGAGGAGAAAAUCGCUAGUUUAACUCAAGAGUAUGAACAAGUUCACAAUUUAUACAUGGAACAAGAGAAACACAAAAUAGAUAUCGAAAGAGCCUUCAUUGAAAAAGAUAAGGAGAACGCUCUUCUGAAUGAACAGGCCACCAAGUUAAUUGAGAAUAUUACAGAUAACAAGAUUCAAUUACAACUAUUUUCCGAUAAGUAUAAUGAUAUGGUUAAAGAAAACCAGGAAAUCUCUCAAAUCUUAUCGACACAAGAAAAAGAAAAGCUGCAGUUAGAAAGAGAAAUUGAUAGGCUAUGCAAAAUAAUAGAGGAUAAGGGUUUACAAAACCAGCUCAUUUUAGAACAAAAUGCUCGAAAUGAGCUAAGACAAAUCCUCCUAGAAAAGGACAGUGAAAUAAUUGAACAAAAAGAUGAGAUAUUCAGGUUAACAAAAACUAAUGAGGCCAUCAUACAAGAAAAUCAAACUUUGAAAGAACAAUGUGAAGCUCAAGAACGUGCUUUACGAGAGUUCGAAAACGCCAUGGAUGAGAAAGAGCUAGGUAAUUUGAAGCUUAAACAAGAAGUUCAAACAAUGAUAAAUUUGAUGGAAAGCGCAAAAACAGAGAGGUUGUCGAGAAAAGUUGACCAGAAGACAACAUAUUCUCAAACUGAUGAAGAGUUAGAAGAGACAUAUAAUGCCUGGAGAGAAAAACUGUCAACAGACAUACAUAAGUUAAAGCAGCAGUUCUUCGAACUAAGUUCUCUAAAGCAACAAGAAGAACAGAUCUACAAUAACCACGUUGCUAAACACAAGGAAAAGAUUAAGGAAAUACUUGAAGAAAAAAAACAACUUGUAUCUGAGGUGAAAGAAUUGAAAAAGUUAUUGAAGAAAAUGAAAAGUUUAAAGAAAGGGCAUGAAAAGAACAAUACAACACCUCAUAUGGGAGGCCCAUUACAAGCAGUUACUCAACAAGAAUCGUUGUCGACACAUGAACACGUUCAUCCUGAGACAGAUGAUAAACUUGACUCCGCCCUCAUAGAUACAAAAGAGCUUCAAGAAGUUGAACCGAUCAUUAUCAAAUCAGAUGCUCCUGAGAAUAUUCUUACACAUAAUAACAGUGCCAUUAAUGAAUCAAUUAUUACUGAGAACAAUUCUAUUGAACCUCACGACCAAGAUAUGAAUGAUUAUUCGAGCUUUAAAGAAGAGGUCAUUGAAUCUCAAGGCCAAGAUCUUGAAAUGUCACCACUAAUUUCAGAAACUCUUCCUACUGAGAAAAAUGAUAACAUUGAUAGGGCCCUUUCCCCAUCACAAGAAAUGGUUGAUGAUACGAUUACUGGUGAUGCUCAACAUGAAUUGACACGUGAGGAGAAAAAUACUGAUACCAGUAACGGUGAGGAAUCUGCACAACCUGAGACAGCUGAUAGUUUGGAAGUCACGAACACUCAUACAGACACGACAGAGCUUCAAGAAAUUGAACCAAUCAUAACCAAGUCAGAUACUCCUGGGGAUAUUCUUGAUUUACAUGAAGAUACCGUCACCAAUGAGGAUUCAUACAUAACAGAGAACAAUGUCAUGGAUUCUCACAUCAUAGAUCUAAAUGAGGAUGCAGAUAUCAAAGAAAACAAUGUUGAUGAUACUCAUGGCAUAAAUCAAACAGCUGUUCAAGAUACAUUCAGUGAUGAUACUAAGAAUGAUUCAAUGCAUAUAGAGGAAUCAAUGGCAGAAAAUGACUCAAUCGUUGAGAAUGGGCAACAUGAUGCAACUGCUAAUGUUAUGUUAGAGACCAAUAACAUCAAAGGAACAAAAGCUGAUAACACAUCAACGUCUUACGAGGAACAACAUGAACCAAACCAAAACCCCUGUAUUGAUAACCAAUUAAUAAUUGACUUAGAAGAUACCAACAUCACAAACCGUGAUCAACCACUGACUGACAACAGUAUCCCAUGUGAGACCACUGCCACUGAAAUUAUUGAAAACACUACUGUAUUUACUGAGAGUUCUUCAAUGAAAGAGGCUAAUACGACAUUUACUGAGAGUGUUGACGUUGAAAGUGAUGAAUUUAAAUCGGUUGACCCUACACAAGAGCCACACUUAACCGAAGAAAAUGUUAUCCAGGCUGUUUCUCAGGAGGACAAAAGCAUUGAAACCAAUGGUUCUCAAUCAGAACUGUUGUCAACAAUUAAUGAAGAUAUCACUGAUAUCGAAACUAGGGAAGUGUCAGAUACGACAACUGUAGACACUCUAGAAAACCCCAUAUACACAAGUGAAAAUAACUUGGAAUCUAGUGCUACCAUAAAUCAAGACGUUCCUAAUAUUGACGAGGAACAUGGCCAAGAGAAUACAAUCCCACAAUCAGAGGCACAAGAGUCGAGAGACAUUGCUCUUUCUGAGUCACAACUUGAGGAAGAAUCACAUAAUUUUGAAAUUGUAAAUGCCUCAAAAGACAUCUUUGAAAAUGAUUCUGCCCCUAAGCAUUCUGAAACACGUGAUCAAAUAGAGGAUCAACAAAUUAGCACGGAAAAGAUGAAUACUCAAGUAAAUAUCGAGGAGACAUCGCUUAACCACAUUGGUCAACAAACGAAUGAGGUUGAGAAUGAAACCUUGACUAGAUCUGAAAACACCGACCUCAUCGAUGGUUCAUCGUCAACACAACUUAUUCAUACGUCCCAUUACGAAGCUUGCCUUAAUAUUGAAAAUGUGCCAGAAAGUGCUGAUGACGAGAACUCAUCUGUGAUAGUUGACGAUUCGAUUGCUAAUACUUUGAGCAUUGGAUAUCAAUCUACUAACGAGGAGGAUGUAGGGGAUGACGAAUCUGAAGGAAAUAGUGAAUAUGUAUUUUCGCCCAUACAGCCCUCACGUAGAGACGCUCCAUAUGACGAUGAUUUCUUGGAGGCAAUUCAACAUUUGGAAAAUAUGUCUUCUCGUAUUGCCCAAGAGAGCAUUUCUUUUUCACUUUCUGAGGAUGCCCUCCAAAAGAAAGAAGAGGAUAGAGAUGGCAAGAAAUUGUCACAUGAUGAAAUGAAAGAUGAUAUGCACUUAGGAAAUGACGCCACUGCAGCAAUGGUUUCUGAAAAUCGUCGCUCUCUGGAAAUUGUUCAUGACCACAUCACUGUGGGCCAUGUUGAUGAUACACAAGAGAGUGAAUCUGAAAAACCAAAUACUCUAUUAUGUGAUCAAGACACUCCAAUUACUACUCUUGAAGAGGAUCACGCCAAAGUGAAGACACAAGUCAUUUCUCAUCACCAAGAAGACCUUGUACUGCCUCAUCUUAAGGAUGAGCUCACAAACACGUUCCAAAUCAAAUUGCAAGAUCAUGUCAUACAAUCAGAGUUCAAUACCACUGAACCCACUCGGACUAUUGAGCAAAGAAAAGGAUCUAUUGAGAACAUUAACAUGUCGACAUCAUUUGAUAACAAUGACUCUUUGAACACCUCAUCAAGCUCUACGUUUUUCAUCACGCCAACAAAAGUUCUGUUACAAGAUUCAUGUGUUGGUACUCCAGUUUCUGAUAUGAAAGAAGUUGGUGUGGAAACUGAGGAACACUCGCUAACACCUCCUAAUGUUGUAAAGUUUGAAAAUAGAUUGAAUGAAAGAAUCAAGGAGUAUGAGGAUGAUGAACGUGACUACUUUUUGAAUAUUCCAUUGCCUAAAACUGCCACCAGACAAGUAUAUUAUUACGAAAGAAAAUAUUUAUAUCUCAAGAUGAGGUACAGACAAAUGCUGGAGGAACUCGUUAAAUUUGAACUUGGAUGUAGACAUUACAAACACAACGCUGCUGUUUUGAAAGGCGAUUUAGAGCGAACCAAGAAAACCCUGAUUGCUUUAAACAAAGAGAAACAUCUGAAAGAGCAGGCUUUACUCUACAAGAUUUCCUUACUCUCGACCAAACUGAAACGUACAAGGCAACUGCUUGAUAAAUACACCCACUGUGGAGGGCAGGUGUUGUAG